UGUGUGAUACUGUUUGUCUUUGGUCUUGUCUAACUAAAUGUCAAAGUGACACUGACAGCAAAAAAACAAGUGUAACGGCGUUGAAAAGUGCGCUAAAAUUUUUGUAAAUCUUGAAUAUUGCUCUGAAAACGAAUAGAAAUGGAAGUCGAAAUAUCCAAAGAAAACAUGAAUAUAGUGAAGGAAAUGGUACUAGAUGAAGAGCGACUAGUGACGUAUGCAACGCUGAGUAAAGAACUCUUAAUUCAUGUGAAUGUAAGCAAAUCUUUGCUGAAAGCAGUUGUUGAUGAUAUCAGACAAAAUCUACCAAAAACCGAGUUAAGUGUUAGUCAUGUUAUAUCGGGACUAUCUCGCGAUCAUCAGGCACGCACCACUGUGUGCUUGGAGAGUGAACUACAGGCUGUGAAGGAUGCUAUGGAAACUGUAUUUUUCAAUCACAUUUACAGUGUUUGCAAGGGAACACCAAAGGUCGACAACGUUGCUCUUAUGGCUGUUAACAAAUUUGAAGAUUUUCCUUUGUGUGUUGGACUUAUCAAAGGUAAUUCUUGUGUAAAAAGGUCAUUAGAAGAAAUUGGAAGCUUGAAAACCACCAGCCAUGAUGUUGCAAGUACUUCACAACCACAGAAAACAAAGAGUGCCCCCAUUAUGAAAAAACCUGUAAAGACCACAGAGGAAAGUACUAACGUUAAAGUUGCUGAGCCCAGCCAAGUAAAGUCUGAACCAAUAAUUAAAAAAGAAAUAGUUUCUCCCAAGAAAGAUGUUAGUCAAACUAAUAAGGUUAAGUCUGAACCAAAAGGCAAGCCCCAGAAAGGUAUAGCAGGAUUCUUUAGUAAACAAAAUGGAAAUACUAGUAAAAAAACAGUAGAACCAGUAAAGCAAACUAUUAAAGAAGAAAUUAAAAGUAAUGGUUCUGUAAAGAGUAAUGCUGAGGAAGUAGUCACUGCUGUAAAGGAGGAAGAAAUGGAAGUGGACAUAGAUAUACCUGCUCCAGUAACUAAAUCAAACACUAAAGAGUCAGCUUCAAGUUCUAGUAGUCUCAAAAAUGGAGUUGGGACAAAUAAAUCUAAACCUCAAGCUAAGAACAAGCCAGUCAGCCAGGUUAAAAAGAAUGCCAAAGUUGAUAAAAAGCGUAAAAGAGUUCUGAAAGUUUCUGAUAGUGAGAGUGAGGAGGACAAGGAUCCAUUUGCAGAUGACACUCCCACAGAAAUCCAUGAGUCUGAUGAUGAAAUUCCACCCACACCCACCAUCAAUACAGUCAAGAUCACAUCAGGUAUUAUCAACCCUAGGAAAAGAAGGAAGAUUGUAGAUAAAACAUUCACAGAUGAAGAAGGCUACAUUUUAACUAAAAAGGUUGAAGUUUAUGAAAGCUGCUCAGACAAUGAAGAGGAGGGUGAGAAAAAGGAAAAUGUACAAACUAACCAACUUAAAAAAGAGAUUGUUGUUAAAGAAGUAAAAGAGACCUCACCAAAACAAAAUAAAAAAGAGGCAAAGAAUUCAAAGAAGAAAAUAUCUCCCCCUCAAAAGGGUAAGCAGGCUACUAUGAUGAGUUUCUUCAAGAAAGUAUAAAUUAUGUAUGUAUGUACUAUUUUACCAAGUAACCAUUUAUUUUUAUGUUCUAAACUUGUUAUGCCAGCAGUUGUUGAAAAUGAGAUGUAAUAAUAUGUAAGUUUUGUGUACAACACCCAUAAAUUAUGUUUUCUCUAUUUUACAUAUUUGAGAAUAAAAGGUCUGGAAUCUUU